CCAUCUCUACCUUGGCUCUGUCCCCUGCACCUCUUCAAAGACAAAGGAGGCCCUCCAUCAGCACUCAGUCUCUCCACGAGUCCAGCACGGGAAGCACCACGAUGCCGGACACAAUCAUGUCCAAGGAGCCCACUUCCAACCUGGAGAGUGCCAUGCAGAUGCUCAUAAAGACCUUCCACAAAUACUCAGGGAAGGAGGGCGACAAGUACACGCUGAGCAGGGGUGAACUGAAGGAGCUGCUACUAGAGGAGCUGGGGAGUUACCUAGGGAGCACCAAAGAUAAUGAAGCAGUUGAGAAGGUGAUGAACGACCUGGACGCCAACAACGACGGGGAGGUGGACUUCACCGAGUUCAUCAUCCUGAUGGGCGCCCUCACGGUUGCCUGCAACGACUUCUUCCUGGAGUUUAAAACAGAUGACAAGCCGGCGGAUGGGAGCAAAGGCGAGUCGGCGGAGAAGAAAGCUUGAGUCGGCGCGCGCGCGCGAGAGAGAGAAGAGAGUGGUGGGGGGACAAGAAGAGGAGGAGGCCGAGGAGGAGGGGAAAGAGCUGUAAAUCAGGGGAUACAGAGGACAGGGUCGGAAUGGAUAUUUGUUUGGAGGUUCAGCAGGAGUAGAGUUUUCUGCAAACAGUUUUGUCAUACUACAAGCACAGCCAGAGCAAGCAGCGAGUAACUUUACGUACAGGAUUAUUCCAACUCAAAUCCAGCAGAUUAGACAGUUUCCUGUAUGUUCUGAAUAAGGCACUGGGAAGAGAGGAAGUUGGAUUUUUGCAGAAUGCACACCAGGAUGUUGAAUGAAUAACUUGUGAACAUAGAUCAAUAUACGUUGUAGAUGAUCAUAUCGUUGUAUGUACUCAGUGUUUAAAAAUAGAAUAUGAUUGAUCCACUUUCUUGCGCCUAUUUUGUAAUCCUUUUUUGGUAAUAAUAACCAAUGCAUCCUUCGAAAUAUUAAACACGGCAUUUAACCAAU